AUGGUGCAGCAGACGAACAACGCGGAGAACACGGAAGCGCUCCUGGCCGGCGAGACCUCCGACUCUGGGGCCAGCAUCGAGCUAGGCAUCGCCUCUUCCCCGACGCCGGGUUCCACCGCCUCCACCGGAGGCAAGGCGGAUGACCCGAGCUGGUGCAAGACCCCCAGCGGGCACAUCAAGCGGCCCAUGAACGCUUUCAUGGUGUGGUCUCAGAUCGAGAGGCGGAAGAUCAUGGAGCAAUCUCCAGACAUGCACAACGCCGAGAUCUCCAAGCGGCUGGGCAAGCGAUGGAAGUUACUCAAGGACAGCGACAAGAUCCCUUUCAUUCGGGAGGCGGAGCGGCUGCGCCUCAAGCACAUGGCAGACUACCCAGACUACAAGUACCGGCCCAGGAAGAAGGUGAAAUCGGGUAACGCCAGCUCCAGCUCCUCCUCCACCUCCUCCUCGUCCUCCUCCAAGCCCGGGGAGAAAGGAGACAAGGUCGGCGGCAGCGGUGGUGGCGGCGGCGGUAACGGCAGCGGCUGCAGCAGCUCGGGAGGCGGGGGAGGCGGCGGCGUCGGUGGCAGCAGCAGUAGCAGCAGCGCCAACUCCAAACCCGCGCUGAAAAAGAGCUGCGGCUCCAAGCUGUCCGGCAGCGGCGGCGGCGCGGGUGGCGGGGGCGGCAAACCUCAAGCCAAGCUGAUCCUGGGAGGCAACGGCGGCGGGAGCAGCAAACCCUCAGCCUCUUCUUCGUCCUCCUUCUCCCCAGAGCAGACGGUGGCGGCCGCUGCCCUACUCCCCCUGGGGGCCCCUGCUGACCACCACUCUCUCUACAAGUCCAGGACUACCAGCACCUCUUCCACUUCUUCCUCUGCUUCUUCCUCCUCUUCCCCUUCCUCGACCUCCUCCUCUUCCUCGGCCUCCUCCUCUCUCUCGGCCUCCAGCAAACAUCUGGCCGAGAAGAAGCUGAAGCGUGUGUACAUGUUCGGCCUCACCUCCUCUUCCCCCGUGAGCGGGGCCGUGCCAGCCAGCCCCAGCCUGAGUGGGGGCCAGGAGACCAGCGACGCGGGCAGCUUGUAUGAGGAGGGAGGUGCGGGCUGCCCGCCCGACGGGCACAACCUUCGCGGCAGCGCCGCCUCAUCCCCAGACGAUGGCGGCUCCCCUGCAGACCACCGCAGCUACACCAGCCUGCGGGCCGCUUCGCCCACUCCCUCCACGGCGCACUCCCAUUCCUCCUCUUCUUCGUCCUCCUCCCAUUCCUCCUCGUCCUCCUCGGGCUCCUCUUCUUCGGAUGAGGAGUUUGAUGACGACCUGCUCGACCUGAACCCCAGCCCAAGUUUUGAGAGUAUGUCUCUGGGAAGCUUCAGCUCCACCUCCGUGCUGGACCGGGACCUGGAUUUUAACUUCGAGCCUGGCUCGGGCUCACAUUUUGAAUUCCCGGACUACUGCACGCCAGAGGUAAGUGAGAUGAUCUCGGGGGACUGGCUAGAGUCCAGCAUCUCCAACCUGGUCUUCACUUACUGAAGAGAGCGAGCAAGAGAGAAGAGGGACGGGAGGAAAAAAAAAAUUUUUUUAAAGGAGAGACAGAGAGGAGAGGAAAAAAAAAAGAAGACGCAAAGGAGAAAUGGAUAAUGGAAAGGGAGGACAAAAGGAAAAAAGAAGUGAGAAGGGGAAAGAUUUCGCACACCCACGCCCACUUAACAAGUUACUGUAUCCAGAGGAGUGAGUGAUUUCUCUGCCAGCUGGGUGCGUUUUGGGGGGCGGGGGCGGUGUUCCUCACCCCCAUUUUGACACCGCAUCCCCCCCUCAAGCCCCCGGGUUCGUAAAACAGACUUGUUCGAAAAGAUUGAAAAGGGGGACCUGGAAGGAUCAGGGUGGAAAGGAUCGUACUUUUGUUAAAACUACGUUUCCUCCCCCGGCUUGAAGAGACACCCACACUGCUACCCCCCCCCCCCCAACCAACCCACACAAACAAACGGACACUUCCGGACGUCUCACCCCCAGGGAAAAAAAAAAAGCCCGGUUGCUUUUCCAUAGACUGCUUGGAGUCGCUCCCCAUUCCUCCCCACCUUUUUUGUGUGUGUGUGUGUGUGUGUUUUUUUUUUUUUUUUUUUUCCUUUUUAAGAGGAGAGAAAGAGAUAAAAUCCUACACACCUCGGGGGCGAGUUUUUUUUUUUUCGGCCCACUUCAUCUGAAGAAGGAAGAAAUACUACAUUGUGUUGUAUUUUUCGCAUAGUUACGGUUUUUUUUUUUUCUUUUUUCUUUCCUUGAAAGAUCCGGACUGGUAGGGGGUGAUUUUGCGCGCCCGCGCAUGCAAGCCAGAA